UCGAUCGAUCGAUCGGCCAUUAAUAUCCUUGAAGAAUCAAAAAGACCCACUCUACUUGUUUCUAUUAUACGUGAGUUCGCCAAUACCAUACAUCUGUAUAAUAUCCAAUCAAGGAAGGAAUUCAUUUGAAAAGAAGCUAAUAAGUUGUCUUGAUUGAAGAAUCUGCUGCUCAGAAAGAAAGAAAGAAAAUAUGGAGGAAGUUGGGUUUUUAGGGCUUGGAAUCAUGGGGAAGGCCAUGGCCAUCAACUUACUUCGCCAUGGAUUUAAGGUCACCGUUUGGAACCGUACACUUUCCAAGUGCAAUGAACUGGUGGAACUUGGAGCAUCUAUUGCAGAAACCCCUGCUGCCGUGGUGAAGAAAUGCAACUCUACUUUUGCAAUGUUGUCCGAUCCAGCUGCUGCUCUCUCGGUGGUUUUUGGUAAAGAUGGUGUUCUUGAGGAAAUAUGUAAAGGAAAAAGUUAUAUUGAUAUGUCAACUGUUGAUGCUGAGACCUCUUCAAGAAUUAGUGAGGGCAUUGCAUCAAAGGGUGGUCAUUUUCUAGAAGCUCCUGUUUCGGGUAGCAAAAAGCCGGCUGAAGAUGGUCAACUGGUUAUUCUUGCUGCUGGGGACAAGGGAUUAUAUGAAGAAGCACUUCCAGCAUUUGACGUGAUGGGGAAGAAAUCGUUUUUCUUGGGACAAGUUGGGAAUGGAGCUAAAAUGAAGCUUGUUGUCAACAUGAUUAUGGGAAGUAUGAUGAAUGCAUUUUCGGAAGGGCUGUCAUUGGCUGACAAAAGUGGGCUGAACCCUCAAACUCUCCUAGAUGUGCUGGAUUUGGGUGCAAUUGCGAAUCCCAUGUUCAAGAUGAAAGGACCGUCAAUGAUUGAGAGCAAUUACCCACCAGCAUUCCCACUUAAGCAUCAACAAAAGGAUAUGAGAUUGGCGUUGGCUCUUGGUGAUGAAAAUGCUCUUUCAAUGCCUGUUGCAGCUGCUGCAAAUGAGGCCUUCAAGAAAGGAAGAAGCAUGGGAUUGGGUGAUGCUGAUUUUUCUGCAGUUCAUGAGGUUUCUAAAGAUUCUUCCUCCAAAAACUAAAUAGUCAUUUUAUCAUGUCAAGAUCGAAGCAAACAAUCAAGCAAAGCAACAUUUAAUUGAAGCUAGCUAGUAUUUCUCGAGAAAUUCAGUAAAGUUUCUUCU